AUGAAUCAAAAAGGGAGGAGAAGCAUUACUCAAUGUCCAAGACUAGAAGAUGUUCCGGAGUUGUUGCAACAUAUACAAUCGUGGUUGCCCGUAGAAGAAGCCACCCGCACCAGUGUCUUGUCCAAAUCAUGGCUACGAGCUUGGUCUACAAUCCCUACCCUCAGGUUCUGUGUCCUCAAAGAACAAGAAAAUAGAAAGCACAUGAAGUUGCUCGACAUGGAGCGCACUCUGAUAAGGUAUCACCGUGAAAACAUACAAAUCGAAAAGUUUGAACUUUUGAUUGACAUUGAGAACCAGGAGUCCGCUUCUGUUACUGAAAAAUGGAUCCAAAGCGUAGCAACCAAAAGUUGUCUUAAAGAGAUUUCCCUCGACAUCCGUCUUUUUGGUGCCUCGUUACGUUUGCCAGAUGAGAUACUCUCAGGACAAAACCUAACUAAGAUAAGAAUUUCAUCUUCGAGUGUAAAAUCCAAAGUUUUUGGUUUGAGGGUGAUCCGAGUUCCACCUAAGAUGGAGAACCAUUUUGUUUCGAUGAAGACUACAAAUCAUCCCAAAUGUUUGUCCCUACGAGAACUUCAUUUGUCGAGUGUGAUCAUAAGUGAAGUGGUGCUCCAUGACAUAUUGUCAUCUUGUCGCUUGCUAGAGAAUAUAGAGCUUUUACAUUGUUCUCAGGGCCUUAAAGCCAUCAAGGUUGAAAACCUUCCAUGGCUUUACAAAUUACAUAUAGCUACAUUUGAUGGCAACUCUACUGCUUUGGAAGUCAACCAUGUCCCAAAUCUCCGAUUCUUUUCCUGCAGCGUGGAUUUGCUUCCAUGGUCUAAACGACCAUUGAAGAAUGUCCAUUUGAUAUCAUUAGGAAGCAACGUGACAGAGUUAACUUUAUGCGGCAUUUUGUUCAGGAACAAAGCAUCUCUGGACAAGAUAAUCAAUUCAGGACUACAUUUUCUCGAGAGUUUAACCCUGGAUUUAACAUGUUGGACGUCGAGAAGCUUUCGUUUCACAUGUGCUUCAAUGAAGAGAUUUUCCUUGUUGGUCUCCCCACUUGUCGAUGUGGUACAUGUUAUUGCUCCAAAAUUACACUGUUUCUCCUUAACAUGUAGGAUAAUGCCUAGGCUCUUCUUUCCAGACUCUACACUCAAGCAAAUCAGGUUUUGGUUGAGACUUGCGAUUACAGAUCUCGAUGCUUCUUUUUUCCUUAAGAUGAGGAAAGCGCUCAAGUUAGCAAGCGAGUGCGAAGUUUAUAUUAAAAUGUCUUUAAAAAAUCAUGAAGUGCAACCAUUUGAGAUUGACAUUGAUGAUCUAAGGAGUAGGCUCCCUUUUCUUCCUGCUAUAAAUGUGAAAAAAAUGUUUUUUAUAGCCACUGAGGAUGAAUGCCAGUGGGAGCGAUCCCCAUUUUUUGAUGCAUUCUUUGAGAUUUGUCAUCCAAAGGAUGUAUAUGCAUUGCCAGACUCGCAGCAGCUCAAACACAAUAAUCACUUUUGCAGAUUGAUGCUAAAGGAGGUAUUGGAUAAAAGCGAGAUUAAGGAAACCAUAAAGGCAUAUUGGCCUUCUUACCUGAAACAUGUUCAAAUGAAACGUGUAGAUCAUGAAAAAAGGGAGACACUAACAGAUUCCCACAAAAGCUUUCUAGAUGGACCAGGUCCUCUCCCUGUCAAAUUCAUACUAUACUGGCAUUAA